AUGGACAAAGUCAUCGCACAACCUGCUGCCGAUAAACUCAAAGUCCUCCCUCACCUUCAAUACGUGACCAAGGAUCAUCUCACCCCCAGCAACGCCGCAUCGUCUCCUCUAGAUCAGUUUCGAUCAUGGUUCAAAGAGGCUGUUGAAGGCGACAAAGUGCAAGAACCGGAAGCCAUGACACUCUCAACUGCGACCCCCAAUGGUAUCCCAUCCGCACGCGUCGUUCUCCUGAAACAAGUCGACUCAAAGGGUUUCGUCUUUUUCACCAACUACACCUCUCGAAAAUCUCAAGAACUCUCAGUCAAUCCUCAUGCUGCUAUUGCCAUAUAUUGGCGGGAGAUUCAUAGAUCAGUUAGAGUGGUCGGACGGGUUGAGAAACUCACUCCAGAAGAAAACGCAGAGUACUUCCAGAGUCGUCCUGUUGGUAGCCGCCUAGGCGCUUGGGCAAGUAAGCAAAGUACAGUGAUACAGGAAGGUGAACUUGAUGCUCGACUGGCAAAAGUCAAGUCCAAGUUUGGGAUUCAGGACGAGAAGGACGGCGCUGAGGUCCCUACCCCCGAAUUCUGGGGCGGUUGGAGAGUGAUUCCAGAUGAAGUUGAAUUUUGGAGUGGAAAGCCCUCUCGAUUACACGACCGCAUUCGCUAUCUGAGAACGGGAGAGAUAUCGGAUGAACAUCCUACCUGGAAGAUUGAAAGAUUGUCACCGUAG